UUUGCCAUCUAGCAUUUUUAGCUUAUUUAGUCAAAAUUUGAAAUGAGAAAUGGUUGUGGGGGCAUUCCCAAUAGCAAAACUCGGUCUUUUGUGCAUAAAGCACAUCAGUAAGCCUGUCAGCAACGUUAUCAAACAAUAUGCUAACAAGAAUAAUGCCUUUAGAAUCUAUGUAGUUGCACCGCCGGCCACCUUGUACAACACCAUCGAAGUUCGCUCGAAGCUGUGGAUGCUGGGAAUAGGACAGCCGAAGCGGGUUCCGCCCCUGACCCGAGCCAUGUCCAUCAAAAUGGGUGGCGAAAUACUCGGCGAGCUUUUCAUUUUUCUGAUCGGCGUUUCCUUCAUAUUGAACGAGUUUGCAAGGCAAGCGAGAAACAGCGAGAAGAAACAUGAAAGGCACAAGCAGAAGAGAGAGGAGCUGAAUAACCGAAUCGUUGAAUUGAAUGAGCGAAUUGCGCGCCAAGACAAAGAAAUUAUUAAUCUCAAAACCAAAAUGAAACAUCUAAUCGAUGCGACUUGAUCUGAGUAGG